GGGUGUGAGUAAAAGUGUCAAAAUUGUUUGCUUUUCAGUGUCUCUGCUCAUUUGAACGUCAAGCUCGAGUGUGAGUUGACGUUGUCAGUGUCGUGUAUCAGUGAGUUACUUGGACGUGGCUUGUUAUAUACCAACAUGUGCGGAAUCUUUGCCUACCUGAAUUACCUGACACCCAAGACCAGGAAGGAGAUUCUUGAACUUCUCGUGAAUGGGUUGAAGAGGUUGGAGUAUAGAGGAUAUGAUUCUGCUGGUGUUGCCCUCGACUCUCCUGAUGGCAAGGAUGUGGCCAUCGUCAAGAAGAGUGGCAAAGUCAAAGCUCUCGAAGAUGAGAUCAUGUCUCGUAGGGGGAAACUGGACUUUGAGGGCACCACAUCCUGCCAUGUUGGUAUCGCUCAUACCCGUUGGGCCACUCACGGAGUUCCGAGUGAGGUGAACUCGCACCCUCAGCGCUCGGAGUCCACCCACUCGUUUGUGGUUGUACACAACGGGAUCGUCACCAAUUACAAGGACGUCAAGUUAUUCCUGAUGAAGAAGGGGUACCAGUUUGAGUCUGAAACCGACACGGAAGUGAUUGCAAAGUUGGUACAUCACAUCUACACCCAACAUCCAGAGUAUUCCUUCAGAGAGCUGGUGGAGCAAGUCAUCCAGCAACUGGAAGGAGCAUUCGCAUUGUGUUUCAAGAGCAAACAUUUCCCCGGCGAGUGUGUGGCAACACGGCGCGGAAGUCCUCUCUUGGUUGGCAUCAAGACUAAGACUCGCCUCGCUACCGACCAUGUACCCAUUCUGUACAGUAAAGCAGAAGAAACUCCUCCACAGCCCCUUAUCACAGACGCUGAAGCACAUACCUUAUCAGAUCACAGACCCCACGGUCCUCAGGAUAUCCCUGCCAUGAUUCCUCGCUCAGAAUCCACCUCUGAGUUUCAACCUCUUGAGGACAAAGAGGUGGAGUACUUCUUCGCCUCAGAUGCCAGUGCGGUUAUCGAGCACACCAACAGAGUCAUCUUCCUUGAGGAUGAUGACGUUGCUGCUGUGAAGGAGGGCAAGCUGAGCAUCCAUAGGCUGAAGCGAUCUUUGGAUGACUCUCAUGCUCGGGAAAUUACUACUCUUAAAAUGGAAAUCCAACAGAUUAUGAAAGGAAACUACAGCUCUUUCAUGCAGAAGGAAAUAUUUGAGCAGCCAGAGUCUGUUAUCAAUACUAUGCGAGGUCGUGUCAAUUUUGAAACUAACACAGUUAUCCUGGGUGGCAUAAAGGAUUAUAUCCCGGAGAUCCGGCGGUGCCGGCGGCUGAUGCUCAUUGGGUGUGGGACCAGCUACCACAGUGCGGUGGCCACCAGACAACUCCUGGAGGAGCUGACUGAACUCCCUGUCAUGGUCGAGCUGGCCUCAGACUUCCUUGACCGGAACACACCCGUCUUCCGAGAUGACGUUUGCUUCUUCAUCUCUCAGUCAGGAGAGACAGCUGACUCGCUAAUGGCACUGAGGUACUGCAAGCAGCGGGGAGCUCUCAUCAUUGGCAUCACAAACACAGUCGGUUCUUCCAUCUGUCGAGAGAGUCACUGCGGUGUCCACAUCAACGCUGGCCCUGAGAUUGGAGUAGCCUCCACCAAGGCCUACACUUCGCAGUUCAUCUCCCUGGUCAUGUUUGCGUUAGUUAUGAGUGAGGACAGGAUUUCCAUGCAGCCAAGGCGUCACCAGAUUAUUCAAGGACUGAAACAACUUGAUGAGCAGAUUAGAGAAGUGUUAAAGAACGAUGAAAAGGUUCUGGACCUGGCCAAGGACUUGUACCAGCAGAAGUCACUCCUCAUCAUGGGCAGAGGAUACAACUUCGCCACGUGCAUGGAAGGUUCAUUGAAAGUGAAGGAGCUGACGUACAUGCACAGUGAGGGCAUUAUGGCCGGUGAACUCAAACAUGGUCCAUUGGCUCUCGUCGAUAAAGCUAUGCCUGUCAUCAUGAUUGUCACCAGAGAUCCUGUCUAUGUGAAAUCUAUGAACGCUCUUCAGCAAGUCACAGCCAGAGAAGGAAGGCCGAUUGUCAUCUGUGAGAACGGUGACGAUGAAACCAAGUCCUUUGCGUUCAAGAGUGUCGAAGUGCCACACACUGUGGACUGCCUACAGGGCAUCCUGACUGUGAUACCGAUGCAGCUCCUGUCCUACCACAUCGCAGUGCUGAGAGGCUGCAAUGUUGACUGCCCGAGAAACCUGGCCAAGUCCGUCACAGUUGAAUAGAUGCUGGCAUUUGUUUUUCAAUUUCCAAAUUUUUUAUGGCGCUCAAAUUUGCCAAUUUAAAAAAAAUUGCGGUCUGCAGUUUCUGUUUCUUUUACGGAUCUCUUUUUACUAGAAAUGUAGCUAUAUAUUUUUAGUAACAUUUUGUAACAUCAAAACUUAAAAUUAUAAAGUUUAAGACUGAUGCUCCAAGCAUGGUAAAACACAUACGAAAAAUGUUUUUAAAAAUUUUUUGUACCUCUAAGGUCGCAAUAUAAAAUAUAUUUGUAUUCUGGUACAAGUUCUAAAGUAAUAUUUAAUGCUACAAAAUAUGACAAAACCAAUUUAAUGUUGUUUUAGAGUGAAAUAAAUUUUAUUAAUGGUUUAAUUAUUGUUGUUAAGUAUGUUUAAACCUUUUUGUAUUGUUGUUAUAUUAUAAAUUAUGUAUUGUUUUAUCAUACCUAUUUCAGGUAUAUUGUUCUUGUUUAUUACUUCGAAUAUGUACUUUAACUGUUAUGGGCAUAACUCAUAAGACAUUACCAUUAAGAAAACCUAAUUCACCUACAAGCCUAGCCAAGUUAAAAUCUUUAAGAUUCAUAGUUUCAUUUUUAAGAGAAUAUGUAGUCUUUUCCUUAAAGACUAUGAUAAUUGUUACUGAAAGUAAUUAAAUUUAAAUAUGGAUGGUUCAUAACAUUUAUAGAAAGUGUUUAGAUUUUGAAAAUUAAAUUAUUGAAAUUAAUUUUUACAAUAUAAGUUUAUUCAUUAACUAUUUAAAGAAUAUAAUAGUUUUGUAUUAGUCCUAAUGAAUAAAUUCCUAAAAUAAUCCUAAAACAAGGUAGGACUUCUUUGUUAUUACAAAAAGUUCUGAAUUUGUUACGUAACCAAAUAAAUACAAAUAAUUUGUGGCUGUAAUCUUUCUUUACAAUAGGUAAACAACAAGUUAAUAUAUUUAUAAAAUUAUAUCUUAUGAAUAGUGGAAUACAAAAAUGUUGUACUUAUAACUGCAAGAAAUAUAUUUUUGAAUAAUUAAAACAGUUUUCUCUAGUCUACUUUUAAUGUUGGUAGAAAUGUCUCAAGCCAAAAUAAUGACUAUUUUCAUAAGCUGCAGUAUUAUGAGUGGGGAUAAGGAGAUUGUUUCAAUGUCUAAUGUUCUAAUAAUGCCAUAGAAUUGUUUUGAGGAGUUUGGCCAGAUUUUAACAUAAUAAAUCAUACUUAAUGUACGAGUAUAAAUUGAAGUAAAUAUCACAAUUUGAGUGUCAAUUUUAAUCACUCUCUAGUUUUAAGAGAGUAAAUAAAUUUCAUUAAUUCUCAUUUGAAUUUUAAAAAGUAUGUUUUUUUUAUCUGAGUGGCCCCAGAAAAUGAUUUUAUGAGUUUAAAUAAUAAAAUAUUAAACAUAAAUUUUAAAGUAUUGGCAUUAACAGAUCAUGGCCAGAAUCAAAUUUACAAAAGCUUGGUUCAUUGUUACGAUUAAGAAAUAUUAGAUCUCUAAUCACGUUUAGUAUCAGCAACGAUUUAUAUAUCUUAAUUUUAAAUUGUUGAAAUUCGGAAUGUCACUAUUAUAAUAAACAAUUACUGAUUGCUGUUUAGACAAUAUUUUUUUAAGUAUGCAAUAACUCUUUUACUUUUAUUGAAAGCCAGACUAUUUGCAUCAAACAAUGCUUGUAAAUUAAUUAAGUCAGAUUGAAGAAACUUUAAUAGACCUAAUUCGUUUUAACAGCUACAGUAAUAAUGGAAGUGUAAUCAGCAAAUUUAAAAUUUAUAUUUGCAAUUGUUAUCCACCGGUAAUGUUACAGCGUCUUAGUGAUUUUCUUAAUUUAAAGAUCAUUUUUGGUACUGCAAAGCAAUUAGUCUAGGUCUCAUGUAUUAAGUAUAAUUAAGUUAGAAAUAGAAGCCCAAUUGGUAGUUUUUUAAUUUUAUAACCAAAGCCCAAAAUGUAUUUUUAUGCCCGAAGAAGAAAUAAGAAAUCUUUACAACUAAUUAUGAAAUUUAAUUGCAGGUUAUUGGAAGUUUAUAAUUCACAUGUAUAAUAUUUAAACUGUAGUCUGUGUUUAGAUAUGUUAAGACAUGUUGCUAGACUAUUUGGCUGAGAAAAUUAUAUCUGUAGUGUUUUUUUAAAUAGAUAAAAGUCUUUAAUGCAUUUGAGGAGCCAAGUUUAGCUAGUUCUAAAUAUCCCUACAGGCCGUAAGCUGAAUAAAGAAACAGGCAGGUAGAUGCAUAGAAGUAUGAAGCUGCUAUUCACAUUUACAAAGAAGAUUAUUCUCUUCCACUGUCACCGUUAUUCAUUGUAGCUGAUUCUUCAGCCUGCAUCAAUCAUUAUAUAAAACGUUUACUUUCACGAUCUCAAACUGUAGAACAGUGCUUACAAACCACAUGGACAUAAAAAAGACAAUCACUAUGUCAUAUACAAGGAAACAAAGCUGUGCAUGGUUGGCUGUAGGAAUAUUAAUUUUCAGCUGAUUUAUGUAGGACAUUUUACCACCUUUUUUACAUCUCCUUUCACUUGCAUAUUUAGUUUCUUCAUUCACCUUACGGCUAGUACCACUAUAUCUCAAUAUUAAGUUAAAAUUGGAGAGAUGGCGUACCGUUCCUUAUCCAAAAUUGUUGGUACAUGAGAACUUUGUAAUUUUUGUUUAUAUAAAUACUGUUGUUUGAUGAAUAACCCAUGGUAGACAGUAUAAUCCAACUAUAUAAAAAAAUAAAAAGUAAACAAGUAGUUAUACAACGAAAAAGAAUCCAUUUCAGUGACAUUACAAAUCUAAAUUUUAAAAUUGAUUAGUUGAGGGAUCCGUGGUGCAAUAUUACAAUUAGUGUUCUUUAAAUAUUAGUAUAUUAUAUUACUAAGAACAACUUAGACAGUUUUUGUUUUAACCUUAAAUUAUAAUUUUUUUUACUGUACAUUUUAGUAAAUAGUUGUAAUUUUUCAUUCAUACAGUUUAAAUAUUUAAUUUUAUAUUUGAGAUAUGAUGCAAAAUCUCUAUUUCUGCCAUUUAAAAACAGUGCAGUGAUAGAAUUAAAAUCGAGUGCUUCCAUUUGGUUUUAACUGGAAAUUGGUAAUCGAUGAGCUUGAUUUUAGAUUUACACUGCCAUUUUUUGCUUUUAAUUUUAUAUAGCAGUUCCUAUUUUUGUCCUGCCAUUAUUUUAAUAUUUCACCUUAACAACAGUCUUCUUACUCUUGUACAUUCCAGUAGUAAUAUUUCCUCAAAUGUCUUCACGAUGAAUGUGUUUAGGGACCAAGUGCAGAAAGAUUUUAUUCCUUGCUCUCAGAUAGAUGUAAUAAUGUAUUGUUUGUCUAUGGAAACUCAAGUGGUAGAAACUCUGUGGUCAGGUAUGCCAGGUUUGCAAACACUUUUUUACUGCUUGUUCUUUGUUACUUUUGCCCAGUAUUCUUCUUUAAUGUGGUCCUAGAAGUAUUAAAUGGGUUUUAAUACA